AGGAAAGUACAGUAACUAGUUUCAACACUCGGCCUGUGUCUUACAGGAAAGUCCAGUCCCACCAUGCACCCUGCUCUUCAAUCGAGGAGCCAACCCCUUCUCACUACAUAAUCUCUCUCUCUCUCUCUCUGUAUCUCUCUCUCUAUUCUUGAUUACCUCAAAUGGGCUCCUCCUAAACUCAUCAUUAAAGCUUCAAUCCCAAGUAAACACUCACAUUAUUGCUUGUUGCUUAAAUCUUCACCAAACCCAUCUUUUCUUUAGGCCAGGCUGCUCAUUUUCACUCUAGAUCUUGAUUUGAUUCUUGGUGAAAUUCAUAUUGGAAUCGUAUCUACUAUGUUGAAGCAAAUACUUGCAAAGCUCCCUCGGAAAUCAUCAAAAUCCAGUUCAGUAGAUUCUGCGACUGGGAGCAGUUCCAGCAGCAAUGCAACUGAUGUAGUCAAUGUCAUUUCAAGUCGACUGAAUGCUGUUAAACGGAUGUCUUCGUCGAUUUUCCCUGCAAGUAAUACAGCUGGAGCAGAGAUGAUUGAGCCUCAUAUACUAUUCAAAGAUGUUCCCAAUUCGGAUAAACAGAACCUUUUUGUGAGCAAGUUAAAUUUCUGCUGUUUAGUAUAUGAUUUUAGUGACCCUGAUAAGCACUCAACGGAAAAGGAUCUUAAACACCAAAUAUUGGUAGAGCUCAUUGAGUUUCUUGCCUCUGAUUCUGCAAAGUUUAAUGAGUCAGCGGUUUCUGCUAUGUGUAAGAUGUGUGCCAGUAACUUGUUCAGAGAUUUUCCACCCAAAUAUGCUUCUCAUGGUGCUCGAGGUGAGGCUGAAGAUGAAGAACCUUGGUUUGAUCUGGCUUGGUCACAUUUGCAGCUCGUAUAUGAUCUACUCCUUCGAUUUUUAAGUUAUAAUUCUCUGGAUGCAAAGGUGGCGAAGAAGUAUGUAGAUAAUGGUUUCAUAUUAAGAUUACUUGAACUUUUUGAUUCUGAGGAUCCAAGAGAAAGAGAUUGUUUGAAAUCAAUUUUACACCGAGUGUACGGGAAAUUUAUGGUUCACAGGCCAUUUAUCAGAAUGGCUGUUGGAAACAUCAUUUACAGAUUUGUUUUCGAAACUGAAAGGCAUAAUGGAAUUGCUGAGCUUUUAGAGAUUUUUGGGAGUGUAAUAAGUGGCUUUGCUCUACCGUUGAAAAAGGAGCACAAGAUGUUUUUGACGAGAGCUUUAAUUCCUUUACAUAAACCAAAGUCUGUGGGCAUUUACCAUCACCAGCUAACAUAUUGCAUUGUACAGUUUGUAGAAAAGGAGCCAAAGUUGGCUGGUACUGUGAUAAAGGGCCUGUUAAAAUGCUGGCCAGUCACUAACAGCCAGAAAGAACUAAUGUUCUUAAGUGAGUUAGAAGAGCUUCUAGAGAUGAUUACUAUGGAUGAGUUUGAAAAGGUCAUGGUUCUGUUGUUUCGUCGUAUUGCGUGCUGCCUCAACAGCUCCCAUUUCCAGGUUGCUGAGCGUGCCCACUUCUUCUGGAACAAUGAGCACAUUCUUUACCUCAUAAUGCAGAACCGACAGGUGAUUAUGCCACUAGUAUUCCCAGCUUUAGAGCGGAACAUUCAGAACCACUGGAACCGAGCAGUGCUCAACCUAACCCAGAAUGUAAGAAACAUGUUCUCAGAGAUGGAUCCAGAGCUUGUGCUUGUAUGCCAGCAAAAAUUUGCAGAAGAAACUUCUCAGUCAACUUUGGCUGCUGAAAGGCGGAGAAUGACGUGGGAGCGCCUCGAAAACGCAGCUAGUUAUCAACAACCAGUUGCCAAUGAUGUAUCUAGCAUAAUAGAAUCUGCUCCAUGUGUUGUUGCUUGCUAAUUUAUGGAUGCACUAGGAGCUAUAGUAGAAGAGUAUGUUAUAUAUAAGUUUUAUUUCGGAUUAGCUGCAGAAUGGUGAUAAUGAUCUGUUUCAAGUGUUGGUUCUGAUACCAUCUUUGUUCUAUAUAUUGUUAGACUUUGACAACCUUUGUAAUGUAGUAGUCUCCGUUUUAAGGUGCAUUGGAACUUCUCGUUUGUUUUUAA